AUGUCUAGCUCAUCUAGCUCUAGCGAUGAUGAAAUGAUAAAGACGUUCUUUCUUAUGGGAGCUGAUGUCGUUGAGGAAGAAGAACAAGAGAAAUGUUCAGCUUCGGUUCAACACAAACGACGUAUCGUGCUCAAUCGAAACCGACUGGAAGGCCACAAUCGGUUAUUCCAAGAUUAUUUUGCUGACGCACCAACCUAUCCUCUUUAUUAUUUUCGUCAAAGGUUCAGAAUGAGGCGUUCGUUAUUCCUUCGAAUCCACGACGCAGUCGUCGAACAUGACAAGUAUUUCGUCCAAAAGAGGGAUGGUGCUGGACAGUUAGGACUAUCUAGUCUUCAAAAGAUUACUGCAGCUAUGCGGAUGCUCGCAUAUGGAGCAUCCGCUGACUCCGUUGACGACUACGUUCGGAUCGGUAAAAGUACGUCGCUUGAGAGCGUGAAGAGGUUCGUUCGAUCAAUUAUCAACAUCUUUGGAGAGGAAUACCUUCGUGCACCGACUAAUGAAGACGUUGCACGCCUGCUCGAGGAAGGCUCACAACGAGGUUUUCCUGGUAUGCUUGGGAGCAUCGAUUGCAUGCACUGGACAUGGAAGAACUGUCCAACUGCCUGGCAAGGUAUGUAUACUGGACAUUUUCAUGAACCUACAAUUAUUUUGGAGGCCAUAGCUAGCAAAGAUCUUUGGAUAUGGCAUGCCUUCUUUGGACUGCCGGGGUCUCACAAUGACCUUAAUGUUCUACAUCGUUCACCGGUACAUCGUUCACCGGUUUUUGCACAACUUGCGGAGGGAAGAGCUUCACCGUGCAACUAUACUGUCAAUGGCCACGAGUAUAAUAUGGGAUACUAUCUCGCCGACGGGAUUUACCCAGAGUGGUCCACAUUAGUGAAGACUAUUCCAGCACCUCGCGGAAACAAGCAUAAAUACUUUGCUCAACAACAAGAGAGCGCAAGAAAAGAUGUUGAGCGAGCUUUUGGCGUGUUGCAAGCUCGAUUUGCGAUUGUUCGUGGACCAGGACGUUUCUGGCAACCUUGUGUGCUGAAAGAUAUCAUGACAGCUUGUAUCAUAAUGCAUAACAUGAUCGUUGAAGAUGAACGUGAUUGUCAAUUGGACAACAACUUCGACUUUACUGAUUCGGUACCAGUCGUUGAACCUUCUCAUGUGCAGACGGUGCCUCUAACUGAGUUCAUCCAAAAUCAUCAUCGGAUCAGGAACACGCAAACACACAAAUCACUAAAAAAUGAUUUGAUCGAGCAUCUGUGGCAGCUUAAGGGAUCCAUCGCCGAGGAUUAA